AUGGAAGCUAUAUUUGAAGGUACUAAACCUGAAAUUCGUGAUUCUAAACCUGCAACUGUCGUAAAUGAUGUCAAAAAGGAAGCUGAAAAGACCAAACAAGAAGAACAGAAAAAGAAGGAAGAAGAACAAAAAUUAGCUAAAGAAACUACAAGUAAAGCCAUUUCUAAUGGCAAGAAAGAAGAAUCCGUGUCAAGAGAAGGUACUCCAGGUAAGAAUGUCGAUGAUUUGUUGAAGAAUUCUGGACAAGUUAAUAGUUUACUUUCUAAAGUUGCUGAUCAAUCUGAUGACGAAGAUGCACAAAAUGAUGAUGAUGAUGAUGAAAAUGGAAAAGAUGAUGGUUGGGAAGAAGUUAAGAAACCUGAAGUUAAAUCAUUGUCGUCGUCCGAAACCGAAAAAGCUGAACCAAAGAAGGAAGAGCCAAAGAAAGAAGAGCCAAAGAAAGAAGAGCCAAAGAAAGAAGAGCCAAAGAAAGAAGAGCCAAAGAAAGAAGAGCCAAAGGUAGAAGUCAAGAAAGAAGAGCCAAAGGUAGAAGUCAAGAAAGAAGAGCCAAAAGCUGAACCAAAAGCUGAAUCAAAAGCUGAACCAAAGGUAGAAGCAAAGACUGAACCAAAGGUAGAAGCAAAGACUGAACCAAAGAAAGAAGAAACCAAAGAAGAAACCACCAAAUCACCAAAACCAACAUUAGGUUCAACAAUUGAAAAAUUAGCUUCUUUAGUUACUCAAUUGGAAUCACAAGUUACCAAAUUAACACAAGCUGGUUUAGAAAAAGAUGAAAGAUUAGCUGCUUUGGAAAAGAAACUUGAUGAACUUUUGAAAAAGUAA